ACUUACUCUUUAAACUGAAAUCAAAUUUAUUUAUUAUGGAAAUGCUAUGGGUAUCUUUCACUUUGACCUGUGAUCUAACAUGGCUGCCAUACUGGGAUCCAGUGAGUUUUUGGUACUGAUUCUUCUGGUCAAGCUCAAUAACGGGUUAUCUGUCACACGAAAACAAUUCACCUUUCUGUGGCAGUAAUUUUACCAAGUUGUAGUCUUACUUCAUAUUCAUUACACUUCAUUAUUAAAUUCUCAUAAUUAACUGUAAUUAAAUGAGCUGAGCAUUGUGCAAUAUUUAUUUUCAGGGUGUUUUUUUUUUUGUUGUUUUUGUUUUUUUUUUGUUUUUUUAUGGUGAAGAAUGUCGUUUUACAGAGUUACUCAUGUAACAUGCAAUGCUGGUUUCACAGCCCGAGAAGCGCUAGUCUUGGACUACCUUAUCUAAAGUAACAUUCGGUUGUAAAAGACUUUUUGUGUGAAACCAGCCCCUAAAUAACCUUUAAGUUGUGUUACAGUGACAUUCACCAGGGAAAGCUAUAGCUACGAAUUACUGAGCCAAAGUUAAUAAAUCUCUUAUGAGUCUGGAAUUGGGUACAAUCAAAGGAGCCUCCAGGUUCAUAUAAGACGGUACCCCUCAUGCACGCCCACUUACAGCCAACCCUAUUGGAUCACAGAACUAACACAUCACAGACGCUACCAGACAUGCUGAUUUGUUUGAGAGCUGGCAGCUCGCGGUCUCCAGCAGUUUCAUUUUUAUGACUGUGAUGUCAGUUCUGGGAAUUCGCUAAGUAAUCCCGGAUAGUGAUAUAAGGAAUCAUCUGGACCAAUGAGAAGGAGUUGAGGAAGUGAAUCAGUGCUACUUUGAUAUCAGCAGUGAACACUAAGCUGUCUGCAGAUAUACAGAUCACAGAGGACAGACAAAAUAUGCAGAGGGUGACCCCAUCUAGGAAAACUGAGACCCUAGAGUCUGGUCAGAAGAGUCGAGUGGAGACCCCCAAGCUAAAGAAACAGGAGUCCAAUCAAGGAAGCAGCCCUGCCGCCCCAACUAAGAGGAUCCAGAGGCAAUCCUUGUCCGUGGAGAUAAAUGAACCGGUCUAUCCUGCGCCGCUCAAGCUCAGAUUGGCUCCUGUGGCAGAGCUGGCAGGUUUCCAGGUGGCUGAUCUGCCUGCAGAUUCAGGUGUCCUCCCUCAAGCCGGGCCCGAACGUGUGGGGGGGCUGACUGGAUCACCAGAGUUCUCGUUAGAGUGGGAGGAGGAGGAGCCACCAAGAGUCUCACCAGCCAGCGGGGGGAAGAGGGGGAGACAAAGGAAAGCGCUCGCAGGGUCCGAGUUGCUGGAUGACUUUCUCUGUGGAGGGCCUCACCCCUCACAGCCUCCAGCCUCCCCCGAGUGGGAGCAAUGGAGCCAAGCCUCCCUCCCUCAGGACAGGGAGCUGAGGAGGAGGAUCAAGGCGAAGGCAAAGAGUCUGAAGCUGAAACGCAGUGACACGAAUUGGUCGGCUGAGAUGGUAAACAACCUUGUAGAAAAGCUGAUGGAAUAUCUAAAAGAGAACAAGGAGGAGCCGUACUUCCGUGACAUCACCAAGCUCACCACCGGCAGCUACUACGAGCUUGUAAAGACUAACAACCCCGAUGAGUUUGAUGUGAUGCUGAUCCUGCCUACCCCCCGGAUUACCUGGACGGAGGUGUGUGGAUUCUCAGGACUGUUCUACAGGGUGUCUCUGUGUAAGCCCACGCGCUCCCCUUUAAAGGACUUCCUGCUGGAGGAUGGUCUCACCAUCUCUGCAGUCCGGAUCCUGAAGGACAUGAGGAACCUCAUUAAGAAGUUCAUGCGAACUUACAAAGUUUCUGUCCCUGGCUGGUACUGGUCCCUGGAGAGGCGGAAUCCGGGCUGUCCUGCCAUCACCCUGUCUCUGCUCAAUAACAAGGCUGAGGUGGAUAUCUCUCUCGAUCUGGUUCCUGCCCUGGAGAUCCCCUCUUUUCAGGGAUGGCCGGAGGCCACCAAGAAGGGGCUGAACAUUGUGGACUGGCUCGGCAAGAAAAGUAGACAAGCCUUUACCAGCCAGAGCUUUUACUUCGUACCCAAACAACCAAAGGGCAGGGGUCUCAGUAAGGAAGCCAAGGAAAGCUGGAGGAUCUCAUUCUCUCACAUUGAAAAGCAAAUGAUAAAGAACCAUGGCAGGAACAAGACAUGCUGCGAGACUUAUGCUACCACCUGUUAUAGGUACAUCACUACAGGCGUAAAUCAUCUCACCUAGAAAGCCUAAGCUAAGGCAGCAAAUAACAGCAAAUGUGCACUCUCAGAUGGUCGUGCUCAGAUAGAUAGAUAGCUAGUGGAUUGGGGGACGGGGGUCAGCAUAGGUGUAAUUUACACAGGGGACGCAGGGGAAAUGUCCCCCUCACAUUGCAGUACUAAAACUUGUAUUUCACGAUAAUGUAUUGGUAUAAUCACUAGUCAGUACAGAAGUCAAUGAGAUUGGAUCUGGGAUCACAGAAUGCCGGAUCAUGAGAUGGUGUUUUACUACAAGGAUCUGGAUCAGGCUCCACUGACCCGUAAUGUUGAUCAGAUCCUGGAACUGCGAACACCUUAACUAGGAAACUGACUAAUGAGAAGUGAACAUACGUGGCACAUAGUUUAAAGGCCCCGGCUGACAAAUUUGUAUACCGCCUGAGAUCACAGUAAUGUUGGGGAAAAAUGGUAAACGGGUAGACAAAGAUAGAGGAGGAUGCACUACGCUGCUGUGUCCAAAACAUAGGAAACUGGUUUAAGUUUGUACUUUACCAUAUCUCGUGAUAUUUACUAAUGUUAUCACACUGAGGUUUCUGUCUACUUACAGUUAAACCUUUCAUUUUAAAUUGAAACAGUAAA